AUGCCUCUUCCUUUGGUUGCAGCCAUAGGAAUUGUGCCUCUGGUUUUCUAUGUCCUACUAGAUCGGAUCCCCCCUCUAUGGCCGACCUCCAAGAAAGCCUUCUUGAUAGGCAAAAAGAAGCCAGAGACCAUGACGUCCUUUGAAUGCCCGUAUGGCUAUAUACGCCAGAUCUAUGGCAAAUAUCAUUGGGCGCCAUUCGUACACAAGCUUUCCCCGACGCUACAGGACGUCGACUCAGCCAAAUAUAAAAUGGUAUUGGAGAUCAUGGAUGCGAUCCAUCUAUGUCUAAUGCUGGUGGAUGAUAUCACCGACAAUAGCGACUUCCGAAAGGGGAAGCCAGCCGCCCACAGAAUAUACGGUCCGUCAGAAACCGCCAAUCGGGCUUACUAUCGGGUCACGCAGAUUCUGAAUGAAACUGUUCAACGAUUCCCCACUCUCGCCCCAUUCUUGCUGCAGAAUCUUGAAGAGGUCCUCGAAGGCCAGGAUCUAUCUCUGAUCUGGCGACGAGAUGGGCUGAGCAGCCUCCCGACCAAGCCCGAGGAGCGAGUCGCGGCAUAUCGAAAGAUGGCCUCACUGAAAACAGGGGCCCUGUUCCGGUUGUUGGGACAGUUAGUGAUGGAGAAUAAGACGAUGGAUGAUACCAUGACGACUCUUGCAUGGUGCUCCCAACUUCAAAACGACUGCAAAAAUGUCUACUCCUCUGAGUACGCCAAGGCAAAGGGAGCCCUUGCAGAAGAUCUGCGCAAUCAGGAACUUUCGUAUCCGAUUAUCCUGGCGCUUGAAGCUCCCGAAGGACACUGGGUUGCCAGCGCAUUGGAGACCGGUUCACCGCGUAAUAUUCGCCGGGCACUCGCCGUGAUCCAGAGCGAGACAGUGCGCAAUGCUUGCUUCACAGAGCUGAAGUCUGCAAGCUCCUCCGUACAGGACUGGUUGGCUAUCUGGGGAAGGAAUGAGAAGAUGAAUUUGAAGAGUCAGCAGACGUAG